CGCUGCCACCGCCGCCGCUGCCGCCAUGAAGCUGACAGACAGCGUGCUGCGGAGCUUCCGCGUCGCCAAGGUGUUCCGUGAGAACUCGGACAAGAUUAACUGCUUUGACUUUAGUCCCAACGGCGAGACGGUCAUCUCGAGCAGCGACGACGACUCCAUCGUGCUCUAUGACUGCCAGGAGGGCAAACCAAAGAGAACCCUGUACAGUAAGAAAUAUGGUGUGGACCUCAUCAGAUACACUCAUGCAGCAAACACAGUUGUUUACAGCUCUAACAAAAUAGAUGAUACGAUUCGCUACCUGUCCUUGCAUGACAACAAAUAUAUCAGAUACUUUCCUGGACAUAACAAGAGGGUGGUGGCCUUAUCCAUGUCACCUGUGGAUGACACUUUCAUUUCUGGGUCUCUUGAUAAGACCAUUCGACUUUGGGAUCUCCGGUCUCCUAACUGCCAGGGUCUUAUGCAUCUACAGGGCAAGCCAGUUUGUUCUUUUGAUCCAGAAGGGUUAAUUUUUGCUGCUGGUGUCAACUCUGAAAUGGUCAAGCUUUAUGACCUUCGUUCUUUUGACAAGGGGCCAUUUGCAACUUUUAAGAUGCAGUAUGAUCGGACUUGUGAAUGGACAGGACUUAAGUUCAGUAAUGAUGGCAAGCUCAUACUCAUCUCCACCAAUGGCAGCUUCAUCCGUCUCAUUGACGCAUUCAAGGGAGUGGUGAUGCACACAUUUGGGGGUUAUGCCAACAGCAAAGCUGUCACACUAGAGGCUUCAUUUACUCCAGACUCUCAGUUUAUUAUGAUUGGUUCAGAAGAUGGCAAGAUCCAUGUUUGGAAUGGCGAGAGCGGUAUAAAAGUAGCUGUGUUGGAUGGUAAACACACAGGCCCCAUUACCUGUUUGCAGUUCAACCCCAAGUUCAUGACAUUUGCCAGCGCAUGUUCCAACAUGGCCUUCUGGUUGCCCACCAUUGAUGACUGACUCUGAUGCUGUUUGGCUAAUUCUGAAUAGUGAGGGUGGCCAGCAAGAAAAACUCAGAGGGGACUGAGAUAAAUGAUUGACUGGUUUGACUGGGCUGGAGAACAUCCUUUCACAUGGCCUUCCCCUGGAUGUGCUGUACAUCUCAAAAGAAAAUCACUUUUCUGAGCUUCUUCAGGACUGUGGUGCCACAGAUUCAUUUGGGACUUGGCCUUCACAGCUGCCACCCCAUCAAGCUCCUCCAGAGGAGUGACCAGACUUGCAAUUAGGUUAUAGUGGAACGCUCAAGGCGCCUUCAAGUUUGAAUGUAUUUGCUGCUGAGGAGCCAGUGAAGUUGUCGGUUCUGCACAUCCUUUCUCCCACCCCUGUAAAUGCAUGGGAAGCCGAAGUUUGGUUUUGAGAUGCUAGGGAAACUCAUUUCCCCUUGCCCACUCCUGCAUGUCUUGUUACUGGGUCUCCCUGUGUACUUGUGGCAUUAUUCCACAGUCAUCAUGUUUCUUAGGUGCCAAAACAUUUACAGAAGUUAAGUCUUCAUAUACCUUGGGGUCAGAGGAAAGAGACAGAUACUGUAAGACCUUGCUUGUCAGGAAGCCAUGCAUUUAGCCCUAUGAGGAUGAGUGCUCUGGGCAGGCCUCAGGCUCUUGUGUUGUGUAGGAAAAGGCCAAAGAGCCUAAAAGGGAGGGAAGGGAGUUGAGUUCCUGGAGUUGGAAGGUUUACCAGCAGUCUGGUGUAGUCCCCCCCCCACCCCAUUAAGACAAAUCCACAGUCAUCCUGGGUGCCUACCAAGCUUGGUUUGUACAAAAGUAAGGUAGGGGUCUAUUUUUGUACUUGACAUGCAUCACACUUUCCUGUGGGCCAGUAUUGUGGAGUGAGUGAGUUUACACUGAUGCCUUUCUUCUCUGCCCAUCACAAAUUGUGUACAUAGUCUCCAAAUGACACUCCUCAUACCCUCUCCCCAGCUUCCACCCAAGAGCUGGUUCUAGGCCUGUGUUAUAUGUUAUAUUUAGCCUUUUUAUAUAUGACCUUUGAUUUGUUUGUACUUUAGCACAGUGUGUGCACCUCCAUUUAAAUAUAUUUGUGUAUACAUAUAUGCAUAUACCUGUAUAUGCAUAUCUAUCUUGUCUGUAGUUUCUCAAAGUUCAGCCUAAGGAGAUAAGAAUUCUGCAGCCCAGGAGAAAGACUGCAUCCUUGCUAGUAAGUAUUUGCCACAAGUGUUAGUCUUCCCUGAUACUUUUUUCCCUUUGGAGGACUAAAUGAAACAAAAGUUCUAGUGUUUGCUGUUUCCAUGGCAGCUAAGUGAGGGUCUUGGGAUGACUUGUGUUCAAGCCACAUUUUAGAGCCCUCUCUACAGUAUUACUCUUUUUUGCCUGGUGAUGCUCUGCGCUUACAUAUGUGUGACAGUCAUUUUUGCAUGACUUCUGUGCCUGGCUUGCAGCAUUUGGGGACAGGAUGCUGGAACCCUAAGUAUUUUCAGUUUGUCUGAGGCUACUUUGCCAAUUACAGAUCACUCCCACUUACCUGUUAUGUCUACUUUCUUGCUUCCUCUUAAGGAGGGGCUUGAACUAGGCCCAGGUUGAUCAACGAUGAACUACAGAUAGGCCAUUGCCUUUUCUUCCCCUGCAUGGGUAUCUCAGAGCAGAGGAAGUGGCAUCUUAUUAAACUCCCAUCCAAACAUUUAUAUAGGCAACACCCCCUGCAGAUCCAGAAAUCAGCCCAAGGUUACGACUUUCCCAAGGGUUUAUAGCUGCUAAGGGUAAAUCAUGCCAUCGCUGCCUCUGUUCAGUAGCAGGCAAAAGCUAUGAAUCACUAUUAGCACUUUUUGUUUAAAGCAAUUACUUUCUGGCUUGUUACUUAAACUGAAAGAGCAAGAGUAUACGCCCUUCUCAAAAGUAGACAAAAAUCUGCAGCUGCCACCAUGCUACCCCUCUAGUUCUCCUUUCCCAGUGUAUGGGGACUUUAGGAACUAAAUGAUCUGAGCUAUUACUGACCACUCCUGCUUUUCAAGGUAGAAAAUUUAUAUUAAGACUAACUUCAGAGAGAGGGCUUGAAACUGUGGGUUAACAAAAAAGACUGCAUAACUUACAUAUCUUUUAACUACAGAAUAACUUGCCCAGAAGCAGGAAUAAUUUGUAUUUGAGUUCCUGUGUUCAAAGGUGAGACACCAUGUCCUUUGAAAAUAUGACACCUCACAGCCUCUACUUCUGGGCCCAGAGUUGCUGAGAGAAGGGAAAAGAUGCAGCUGCAAAUCAUCUGAGGCAAUGGGGUGAUGGAGUUAAGAGA